AUGUCUUCCCCCGGAGCCACCUCCAGCUCUCUGAGCAGCCUGGCGCCCAAAAGGAAGACCAAGAAGAAGCAUUUCGUGCAGCAGAAAGUGAAGGUUUUCCGAGCCAGUGACCCCGUGCUGAGCGUGCUGAUGUGGGGCGUCAAUCACUCGAUUAACGACCUGAGCCAUGUGCCUGUACCUGUCAUGCUGCUCCCAGAUGACUUCAAAGCCAGCACCAAGAUCAAAGUCAGCAACCACCUCUUCAACAAAGAGAAUCUUCCAGGACAGUUUAAAUUUAAAGACUACUGCCCGCAGGUGUUCAGAAACCUGCGAGAGCGCUUCGGUAUAGAGGACCAAGAUUAUCAGGUGUCUCUGGCCCGCAGUCCUCCACUAAAAGACGAGGAGGGGCAACGCGUGGAGCUGCUGCUGACAUCAUACGACCACACAUUGAUAAUAAAAGAAAUCUCCAGUGAGGAGGUGGAGGAAAUUCACAACAUCCUCUCUGAGUAUCACCAGCAUAUCGUCACGUGCCACGGCAGUACGCUGCUCCCUCAGUUCCUGGCCAUGUACAGAAUCACCGUGGAGAGCGAGGACACAUACCUGCUAGUAAUGAGGAACAUGUUCAGCCACAGACUGCACGUACACAGGAAGUACGACCUCAAGGGGUCCCUGGUGUCUCGUGAAGCAAGUUUUAAAGAGAAGGUGAAGGAGCUUCCCACUUAUAAAGAUGUAGACUUCAGGAAUAAGAUGCAAAAAGUGUAUGUGAGCGCCGAGGAGAGGGAAAAGAUCAUGGACAAACUGAACAGAGAUAUCGAGUUUCUGGUGCGUAUGAAGAUCAUGGACUACAGCCUGCUGCUGGGCAUCCAUGAUGUUGAGCGGGCCGAGAGGGACGAGGAGGACGAGGAGGACACGGAGUCGUCCUAUGAAGAGGAAGAGGUGGAGGAAAACGGCCUGGCUCACGCUCCAUGCUCCACCUCAUCUGGGGGUAUCGGGGGCUACAUGAACUCCUUCAAACCGAUGGGCCCCGGCGAGUUCGACCCUUACGUGGACGUGUACGCUAUUCAGAGCGCUGUGGGUGCACCGCAGAGGGAGGUGUAUUUCAUGGGCCUGAUUGACAUGCUGACACAGUACGACACAAAGAAGAAGGCUGCUCACGCUGCCAAGGCUGUCAAACACGGGGCAGGAGCAGAAAUCUCCACAGUUCAUCCAGAGCAGUACGCUAAACGUUUCCGGGAGUUUAUCACUAAGAUCUUUGCUUAGUUCAAAGAUUCAGUAGACUCCCGUCCUCAUGUUAUACAACAGGAGUCUCACUAUGCAAUACUUAUGCCAUCUAGAAUCAAAUGAAGACACACUGAACUUGUAUUGUUAAUUUUUACAUUAUCUACAUAUCUUUUACCCUUAAUAUCACCCUGAACUGAAAUAUGGACUGUGCAUUCAUUUUGAAUGAAGAUCAGGCUUUGCAUUCAGGAGUAAAUGUCUUCUUGGCAUCUGGUCUUUUUUAAUGGGUUUUCUUUUGUUUUCAUUUGUUGGCAAUACUCCAGCCCCCCCCACAGAAGAAAAGCUGAGAUGAUGAUAAAACAUAUUUUCUCAACGCAAUAAUUGUGGCAAUUCUCUUUUGCUGCUGCUCGGGAAAAGUUUGUACAUUUUGUUGUUGAUUAUUAAUUUAUGUCUGCCUAUUUUUUCUACUAGUGACAACACAUUGCAACACAAGAAUAAUUUGGGCAAAUAUACAUAGUCUGAAUUGGGAACAAUGCAUUAUUCAUCUCAUUGUC